UCCGCUUCUCCUCAUCCCCUCUCUUUCUGUCUCUCAAAAUUGUUCUUCAUCUUCCUCAACCCAUAAAUUCUCUAAUUUUUCGUUCAAGUAUCAUUCACAUUUAGGCGUAUUUUGCCAUGUCGACAGUAGUUUAUCAAAGUCUGGUGUCACAUUUCGAGUCUCAAGUGACAGAGGCAACAAUCUUAAGGAUGAAAGUGGCGCCUGCACCAGACGUGGGCAGGGGCUCCUGCAGUGCAAGAACUGAUCAAAGCAAGAACGAAAAUCUUGAAAUAGGCAAUUGGAGUUUUCUUCAUAGCCUUACCAAGAUUCCUACGUGUCCUAAGGAGGAAAUGGAAAAUGAUAACUCAUAUGUUCAUAGAAAAUCUUCAUUUCCAAAACUAAAUGGGAAAAGUCUGGAUCUUUGUACUGAAAAUUUGGGAAGUGAAACAGGUACUGAAUGUAUCGCGGACAGCACCAGUAUUUUCUCACUAGACACAUUCAGUUCGCAGUGUGAAACUUCAUGUCCAAUGAAUCAGCAACAGCAAAAGGUGCAUCAACAAAUGAAAUCUUCAAGAAAUAAUAAGAUGACGACUUCUUGUCGCAGUUUCCCACCGCCCUUGACAACGAUGAGCGGGUCGAGUUCUCUCCAAAUAAGGGCUCACCGCGAAGACGGAAGGCUAAUCAUCAAGGCAGUCGACGCCCCCUUUAGGCAUUCUUAUCUGCAAUCUGAAAGAAGCCACGGCCGCCUCAGGUUGUCAUUUUUCCAAGAUUACGAUUCAAACUUUGAUUCUGAUCUUAUAAUGACCACGGAAGAAGAAACUGAAGCAUACUGCCAAAUAGAUGAUGAAAUCAAAAGCGAGUUGAAUGAUGGAGAAGAUGAGCUAGAAAAUGAAGAAACCGUAUCAGAACAAGAUGACGAUGAUGAUGUUCACGAUGAAUGCGAUGUAAAACUGACUGAGACUAUGGAUGUAGAAAUUGAAAUGCAGAAAAAUCAGAGGCUUACCAGGUGCAAUGAAGGUGGAGAAGGUACUGAAGGAUUGUGUAAUUGGAAGCCUGCAUUUUGGGUGGCUACUUCUUAAUAUUUUUUUUUACUUUUUUUUUGUGGAUCUUUAUUUUUCAUUCUCGAAAUCUCCAAAUUUAAGUUAGUCAUUUUACCUUUUUCA